GGGCUCUCCCCGCGGGGCCCCCCCGCGCGGCGGGGCCGCCGGAGCUGGGCGCGAUGGGCCCGGGGUGGCGGGCGGCCUCGGCGGGGCUGGUGUGCGGCAGCGUGGCGAUCUUCGGGGCGCUGGGGCGGGCGGCGCUGGCCCUGCCCCGGCCCGCUGCCGUGCGGAGCCGCCCCGGCCGCGCCUGGCGCUGGCGGAACCUGCUCGUCUCCUUUGCGCACUCGGUGCUGGCCGGGCUGUGGGCCCUGUUCAGCCUUUGGCACAACCCGGAGCUGCUCUCCGACGUCCAGGACGGCUACAGCGUCUCAGGGCACCUGCUGGUCUGCUUCUCCUCGGGCUACUUCAUCCACGAUAGCCUUGACAUCAUCUUCAGCCACCAGUCCCGCUCGUCUUGGGAGUACCUGGUGCACCACGCCAUGGCCAUCUCUGCCUUCCUCUCGCUCAUCAUCACGGGCCGUUUCCUGGUGGCAGCAGUGCUGCUGCUGCUGGUGGAGGUGAGCAACAUCUUCCUCACCAUCCGCAUGCUGCUGAAGAUGAGCAACGUGCCUUCCCCGGCGCUCUACGAGGCCAACAAGUAUAUCAACCUGGUGAUGUACUUCGCCUUCCGCCUGGCGCCCCAGGCUUACCUCACCUGGUACUUCCUCCGCUACGUGGAGGUGCAGGGCCAGGGUGCCUUCCUCACCGCCAACCUCCUGCUGCUCGACGCCAUGAUCCUCAUGUACUUCUCCCGCCUCCUCCGCUCCGAUUUUUUCCCCUCCCUGCGCAAGGGCUCUGCGGAGAGAGAUGUGGAUGGUGAGAAGUUUCUGAUAGACUGAGACGUGUGUGCCAAGGGGGACCCAGGCUCCAGCUCCUGGAGGUUUUGGGCUCCCCAAACCUGCUCUGAUGUGCCUUAGGGCUCGCUCCCUGGCCCCGGGCCCUGCCUUCACCCUCUCUACUGCCUAAAAGUGCUUCCCUGCCGGACCAGCCCGACAGCCUCACCGAGCCACAGGGACGCCAUCAAAGCCAGGGGCACGGCCGAUGGAGAAGCCGCCCAAGUUGGCUUCUGCACAGGCAGCUGGGGCACGAGGGGUGGCUGCGUUUCACAGCUGAUGGCCUGAGGGGGUUGCGAGGGAAGGGUCCAGCCCCUUCUGAGGUGAUGCUGGGUGUUAUGUGCAUUAAAAUCAGUCUGUUUUCUGCUGCCGCAGCACGCCUGGGCU